AUGGCGGCUAAACAGCAAGAAUCGCGACUUUCGUUGAAGCUGUUGAUAGAUGAGAAGAGCAAUCGAGUAGUUGCUGCGGAAGCGCACAAGGAGUUUGUGGAAAUACUUUUCAGUUUCCUCACCCUCCCCAUGGGAACGAUAAUCAGGGUAACCAGCAGUGGAGACACAAAAAACCCUGUAACAACAAUCGGGUGUAUGAACAAUCUGUACCGUGGUGUUGAAAAACUGAGCAAUGAAAAUUGGGAGACAGAGAACUGCAAAACCAUGGUGCUUCGCCCACGAAAUCCACUAGGGGACUACUGCCAGAAGUUGAAACUGAACAUCGAUGGAUCUUGGUCCAAUACGUACUACCGUUGUUCUUGUUGCCGUUCUAGGUUUAGCUGGUACCCAAAUGUAAGCUGCUCAUGGAGAAUGAAGACAACCCAGGAAAUUACCGCUGCUGAUUUGAGGUCCGGGGGGGUAAAUAAUAAGCGUGCGUUUUUGCAGAAGGGGAGGACAAUGUUUAUAAUCAGUGAUGAUUUACAAAUCAGACCUGCUUGUCCAAUCGUUCUAGCUCAACUUCUAUCCAGUCUGGGUUUAAGUGAAAUUGAUGGAAUCAGGGAGAUGCUGGUAGAAGUUAGCAAGGAUCAGGUAAUCUGUCUGCUUGCACGUUCACUGGUUUCAGAGUCUCCUUUGAGUGAUUUAUUUCUGCCUAAUAAUCCUACAAAACAUGAGACAAAAUUGCCUAAGCCUGAGACUGAGAGGACAUUUCAGAAAAGUGAGACAACUGAAGAAACUGAGGCCCCCACUCUGAGUCUUCAAGUAACAUUAAACAAGUCAACAAACAAGUUAUUGUUUGCUAAGGCCACUAAUGAGUUCUUUGAUUUCCUCUGUACCUUUCUAACCAUUCCUAUUGGAUCAAUCAUACAUGUUUUUAAAACAAACUCAGGGGGGUUACAAGGAUGCAUAUACAACUUGUACACGAGUGUAGAGGAGUUGGAAGAUACAUGGAUUUGGUCUAUCGAUAAGUCUGCUAUUCUCAAUCCUGGGAUUGCGCAAUAUCAUAACUGCAAGAAGCAGCCUCUUAAAUUAGAUGAACUGAUAGAGAGCAAAUAUCUGCUUGAUCCUAGGCCUUACGAGAAUUUUGCUGUGCUAUCUUCUUUAUUCAUAGUUUUAGACAAUUUGGACGUGAAGCCUUUGUCUUCUGCUUCAAGUUCCCUCAUAUUGAGGGAACUAAAAGUGCCUUUCAGUGAUAUUGAAGAACAGGUGAUCACUGUCGGAAUGAAUGAGGCAUUGAGCUUACUAAAGGCUGCUCUUACAUCACCAUCUUCAGCUCUAACAAAUGGCCUAGCCUCCUUUUUGCAGAAGAACAAGCAGGAAGCAUAA